AUCGUCUCUAUAAUUUUCAAUCAUAAUUUUCUUUCCUUUUCUUCUCAACCCAACCCAAAUGGCUCUGUGGCCCUCACCCCUGCAGCUGCUCUACGGUGCGCUGCUUCUCACGCGGCUGCUCUUCAGCCUCUCUCCGUCAUACAUCCACCCAGACGAGUACCUCCAAACAGGCGAAAUCGCUGCCAACGAUCUGCUCCACACCAGCGCAUAUCGCACCUGGGAAUUCACCACCUCACAACCCAUCCGCUCCAUCCUCCCCCUCUACCUAAUCUCCGGCCCACCCACCUUGCUUCUCCGCCUACUCCCCCCACCCUUAUCCUCUAUGAAAACCUCUCAAGCGCUGUUUAUUGCACAGCGCCUGCACAUGUUUGCGCUCAGCUUGCUGGUGGAUCUCAGCGUUUUCCGGAUGGUUAGGCGGAAAACCAGGUGGCUGGCCGUGGUUGUUUUGGCGUCGUCCCAUUGCGUGGCGGUUUUCCACGUGCAUGCGUUUUCUAACUCGCUGGCCUCGGAGAUCCUGGCUCUGGCACUCUGGGUGUUUUCGCGCGCCCGGUGGUCCCUGUUGGGCGCGCUUCUGGUGCUUGGCACGUUUGCGCACGUGUCGUUCGCGAUGUUUGCGCUGCCGCUGGGCGUUGGCGCACUGGCGAGAGGGCGCGGGCGUGCGGCGGCGAGGCUGGCUUUGGGCGCGGCGCCGGUGCUCUUGGCCAUGGUGACUGCGGACUCUAUGUACUAUGGGAGGCUGGUCUGCACCGUGUGGAAUAACCUAAGGUACAACAGCAGUACGGGCAACUUGGCUGCCCACGGGAUACACCCCUGGUACUUGCACCUUGCUGUGUCGAUGCCGGCGCUCUAUGGCCCGCUGUACGCGGUGUUCGGCGCUAAGCUGCUGCGCAUGUGGCGGCGCCGGAUGUUCGGCGGCAUUGCAGCGUGGUCGGUUAUUUCGGGUGUCGGGGUGUUGUCCCUGGUGCCCCAUCAGGAGCCGAGGUUUGUCAUGCCGGCGGUGAGCGCCAUGGUUGUGUUUACCGCGGAUUGCUUUCUGCGCGUGCCCCGCGGCGGCUGGAUGCUCUGGGCGGGGUUUAACCUGGCCCUGGCUGCGGUCUACGGUGGCGUGCAUCAGGCCGGGGUGAUCCCGACUGUGGCCUAUUUGGCCGAAUCGUCCGUGCUCGACUCUGUGCAAUGCUCGCCCGCUGUGGGCGCUUUAGGGUUGCGCGAUAAUGCUGUGGUAAGGUGCGGGCAGAGGAUGGCUGGGGAACCAUAUGAGGCUGUUACGCAUGUGUUGGCUUACAAAACUUUCAUUUUGCCGCGGCAUCUGCUAUUACAGCCGGAGAAGCCCCAGCAGCUGUUGGGUGGUGAGUUCGCUGGUGGGAGGGUGGUUGUGAGGGACCUGGUUGGCAUGGAACCUUCGGAGGUUCGUCAGGUGCUGGAGUCCGCUGCCCUGGUACCCUGUGCGGGAAAUAGCCUGUUUGUUCAAAAAGACAAGCAGCGGAGGGUGGUUGAAAGAACCAUGUUUGUUGUUCCAUCCUCGUUUGUCAAUUUUUCGGAGCUUAGAACCUCCGAAUCCCAACAUUAUUAUGAUUUCCAACUGCUGUAUGAAUACUCGCCACAUGUGAAUUUUGAUCACUUUAUCGACGUUUUAAGAAAUCCCAUCCAAAGAUCGACUUUGCAGACCUUUUUGGUUUGUAGGAAAUAAUCUGUGAAUAAAUAUGAUUUUCUUUCUUUUUUGUAUUAUCAAAUAUAGAAUUAAAAAA